AUGAGCCAAUCGACUCCGCCAGAAACAGCCUCGCGAGAUGGAGUGGAAGUCACCGACCACGCAGUCCAACAAGUCAAGUCUCGAGACCAAGCGGUCAAUAGCACCUCGAGCCUAGAGACGCUGCAAGGAGACACAACCGCGGCUUCGGAAGACGGAGUCAAUGGCGCCACAGAAGAGGUACAAUCGAAAUUGGACGAGGUCGUAGCAGAUCGGCCCGCCCCACCACCUAGAUUGAGCUCGUCGCGAUGCGGAGGCAGCUAUGCGGCGAGCGCGAACAGUCUGUCGAAUAUGAGGACGCUCGAUCCCGAAAAGACAAACGCCGCUCUUCCCAAGCUGAAGAAGAAAGAAACAAAGCUGGCUCAAAAAAAGGCGCAUCCAUGGCAACACCUCGGUAUCACCUUGGGUCUCCCGAUGAUCCUCGUUUUCGACCUGGUCGUCCCGUGCAUCAUCUACUACACCUGGUACCACAGUCACAGACACGACAGGAACCGACAAUGCCGAGACCAGUUCCCGGAUCAACAGCCAUGUCCGAUCCCCGAGAAGGAGUUCGACCAUGACAUUCUCGGGAGCGCCAUCGCCUCGUUCGGCGUCGGCGAACUCUGGAUCCUGCUCGCUCGUGCGUGGCGGCUGUUCAUGCACCGCGAGGAGUGUGCUCCUCUACUAUCCCGGAGUCGUUGGGAGCUUGACGCAACGUCAUGGGUCUACGCCGUGUCCCUGAUCACGUCGCUCAUCCCUUUCGUCGUGGCGAGCAGUCUGGAGAUCCCCAAGCUGUAUCUCUAUUCGCCGGCAUUCCUGAUGACCUUCCUCGGAUGCCUCAUGUUGAUCACCACCAUCUAUCCGUUUAAUAUCCCCAUCGGCAUCAAUUCACAACCCCGAGGGACGAGGUUGCGACCGUUUAUCUAUUACGCCGCCGAAGACUUCAUCGCCGUGGAUGGCUUGCAGGAUCGAGAGUUCCGCGUCCGAUACAACGACCGUUAUGAAUCCAACGAAGCCUUCCGCAGAUUGUUCGUGCAAUUGACCUUGUGGUGGAUGUUGGGAAUCUGCAUUUACGUUGGAUGUCUGUCGGCCAUCGUUUGGUCCGUCUCUUUCCACAUCGCAUUUGGUUUGAGUCUAGGCGUAUUGUUUGCCUGGAUUGCCGUGUGGGCCAUCACGACAUUCGUGUGGGUGAAGUAUGAAAUUGAGAGGGAGCACAAGGCUUACGAGGCUAAAGCGAGUUCGAUCGGGGGCUAG